AUGGCUCGGUCAGGUGACUCUGUCGACUACGUGGCGCAGUCCAGAAUCAAUCAACUGGCGCGUACCUACUGGCUUCCAGAUGAUGAGAAGAUAGUAAAUUCUCAAGAAGGGACUGAAACCGAGCAUCCAUGGUCUCAUUUCCGUGAAGAACUUGUGAUUACCAUCUACCGUGAAGAACUAUUAGCUACUGGUUUCUCGCACAAACGUUGCCAACUUCUUGAGAUCAGUCAAUAUCUUGAAACCUACUUGUGGCCCAAUUUCUCUGGACCGGACCCCGAUUUCGAAGAUCAGGGCAACACUGGCUCUUCGUCACGUUUGCUGCCCAGUCGCGAACAUGUUUUGUCUCUCUGCGUUAUGGUCAACGAGAAGGCUAGGGAGCGUGUCCCUAUAUGGACUGUGAGUUUUAUUUCUGUUAUCAAUAUUUUUAAAAUGUAUUUCCUAAACCAUCCCCAGAUCAAAAUGUGCUUUCUUUUUCUGGAGUAUAUUGGUUCCUAA